AGCUCUGUUUUCGCGAGGGACGGCCGACGAACACGUUGCGAGUCUACGUGCACAUGUGAAAUCACGUUGAAAUCGGAUCGCGUGCCACGGUGACAGGAAGCCAGCGUACGAGACGUCUUUUCGAGACGAAAAUCCUUAACCUCAAAGAAUUUUUUCCCCCCUCGUCUGUUACGAUCGUGAAAGGAGGGAAUAUCGGCUUGUCCUAUUUGUGUACUUUUGGCGGCAACUUCGAACGUGGCGUCAAUUUCCCUGGCGUUACCAAGGGAAUUGACUACGGUGCUACAAGUGACGAAUAGCAGACUCGUAGUCGAGUCCCGUAUUUCGACGUGCAUUUGCGCUUUGUUUCUGGGAAGAGAACGAUUGCAAGGGAACAACGAACAAGACCAAAAAAGACUUUAGUUUCGUUGCCCGUAGUGUUCUAUGAUGGCCGUUCUCUUGGGCAUAGCCACAGGGUCGGACGGAUGAAAGAGGAAGCGUGAGCAAGCGCGAGAGGUUCAUCGUCGCGGUCCUCAGGGGGACGAAAAAUCGGGUGGCGGGAGAGUGCAGAGUGCGGACGUUUCUACGGAGGAGCCACGUGCUGUUCGCGAGUUAGGUGGAGUCCCAUGUGCAAAGUGGGUGGAGGCUGCAUCGCGAGGCUGCCUUCCCCGUUAUCGCAGAUCAGCUCUCCAAGUGAGUGUUUUCACGUACCGCAGGCCGAGUGGUCUGUCCUGUUUGGCAUAGCGAAGGAUGGAUUCCUAGCAUAAGGGUAACUUACGUAAAUUCAGCGUUGUUUACGUUAAGAAUAUAUUGAAUUUAUAUUCAUCAUGAAACGAAGCGUUGAUGGGAGAAGCAUCAGUCAGGAGGAGAUCGAAGAUCAUGAUCUCCUGCAAACGCAGCAGCAGCAGGACGAAACUGAGCAGCAACAACAGCAAAUGGAACAGCAAACUGCCCAACCGCAAAUUCGUUUCUUAAGUGCGAAUGUUUUGCAACAGUUGCAGCAGCAACAGGAUGUUCAACAACAAGCACAGCAGCAACAACCACAAGUCAUUACUUUGCAACAAUUGCAAAAUUUUGUGCCUUUACAGACUCAACAACCACAGCAUGAUCAACAGAGAGCACAAACUAUUUCUGUGCAAUCUUUGCCUCAACAAUUUUUACAGGGUGCUCAGUUGAUCAGUACUCAAGCUCAAGCUACGCUUCAGCAGCAGCAACAACAGACUCAACAACAGCAGACACAGCAACAAGCACAACAACAGCAGCAAUCACAACAGCAACUCAGUUACAGCGUUAUACCACAGAUGCAAACUGUUAAUAUCGAUGGGCAAGAAGCACUUUUCAUUCCAUCCUCUGCUAUGUCUGCCGCAGGGGGGCAUCAUCAAAGCCAGCCCACGAUGCAAUUUGCUACUGCUAAUGGUCAACAAGUUCAACUUGCUAGUCAGCAAGUACAGUUGGCUAAUGGUCAGACUAUUAUUACACCACAGCCAGUUAGUUUGAUAAAAGCACCUAAUGUCUUUCCCACUUCUAUCAUACAAAAUAUCACUGCACAAACUGUUCAGUUGCCAACAGGGCAAAGUGUACAAGUUAGACCGCUUCAGUUCCCUAUGCAACAUGUUCAACAAACUGUGCCUGUGCAAGUACCAGUUACUGCUAGUAAUGGACAAACGGUUUAUCAAACUGUCCAUUUUCCAGUUCAAGCAUUGUCCAGUGUUUUCAAUGUGCCUGCUACGCAAAUGAUACCCCAGAUCACGCAACAAAUUCCGCAAGUAGCUCAAAUAAUUACGCCAAAUGGACAAAUUCAACAGGUUCAAAUUGCUAACUUACCACAGCUUCAAAGCUUGCAAAAUCAGCAGGUAACGCAAGUAGCGCAGCAAGUUGCACAACAACAAGCACAGGUUGUGCAGCAACAAGCUCAACCACAGGUUGUACAGUCCGUGCAGCAGCAACAGCAACAACAGGCGGCACAGGCUCAAGUGCAACAGCAACAGCAACAGCAAGUGCAACAGGUUGUACAACAAGUCAUACAACAGCAGCAGCAACAACAACAAGUUCAACAAGCCCAACAACAGUCAUCUGCUCCAUCGUCUACUGUAGCGACUUGGAGUACAACAGUAACAACUCCAAGCAACGUUCAGGUACUGGGAAUUGGUGCACUUGGGAGACCAAUACAAGGAGGCAGUAACGUAAUUACCACAAAAGAUGGACAGAAAAUCGAUGUACAAACGUUAUCAGCUUUAACAAGACCACCGGAGGCAGUCGAAGGUGAUAUAAAAGUAACCAGUAUUGACGCUAGACAAUUAGCUAGCGGCCAGGUUAUACAUAUUCCUGCAGCUCAAUCAACACAGCCUACAGUCCAGCCUAUUACAAUUGCAGGAACUCAAGCGCAACAGUUAACUCUUAUUCCUGCAUCCGCGUUAGCAAAUCUAACUACCCAACAAGGUAACAUGAUGAGGGGCGUUGGUAGCGGGAGCAUAAUGCAACUUCAACCUGCCGGUGGAAUGAACGCGACAAAUGGAUUUCUUCAGUCGAUACCCGUGCAAAAUAUUCCAGGCCUGGGAAAUGUGCAAGUCAUACCAGCAAGUGCUCUUCAGCCGGCUACUGUUCAAACGCUACCAGCAACAGCAACCGCGCCGAUUGUUGCCGCUCCAACCGUGCAAUUAGACUCGAACGACUCGACCAAAUGGCAAAUCUUGCAGACUCUUCAGUCAAAUAACACAUUAACGACGCCUACGCCUACGUCGCACCAGCAUCAAGUAACCACGGCCACAUCAGCGAACAUCGAAACGGACUCUAACAAACAACAUCGUAGAAGGGUCGCUUGCACAUGUCCCAAUUGCGGAGAUGGCGAUAGGAACAGAGACAUGACUAGGAAACGGCAGCAUGUUUGCCACAUAGCAGGCUGUAAUAAAGUAUAUGGGAAGACGAGCCAUCUUCGGGCUCAUUUGAGGUGGCACACUGGAGAACGACCGUUCGUUUGUAGUUGGAUAUUUUGUGGUAAGAAAUUCACUAGGUCGGACGAACUUCAGAGGCAUCGUAGAACCCACACCGGUGAGAAGAGAUUCCAGUGUCCUGAGUGUACUAAAAAAUUCAUGCGAUCGGACCAUUUGACGAAACAUAUAAAAACACACACGAAGAUUCGAAGUACGGAAGCAGCUACUUCGACGCAAGAAGGUUCUUCUGACAGUCAAUCUUCCGCAGAAGAAAAAAUUAUUAUCGCUCUACAUAAAGACACAGAGCAGUCUGAUAUCGUUAUUUCUGAGCAGAUGGACGAGAUAAAACCUGAACCAACGAAUCAUGUAGCGAAAGAAUAAAAAAAAAAGAAAAAGAAUCAUGUUUCACUUGAAAGGUUUAGGAAUAAACAAAGCUGUUGGUUGAAACGUUGGUUGUUACGAUCAAUGAAAGAUUUAAAAGUAGCGUUACGUUGUUUAUAACAAUUUGCAAAAAUUGUAAUUAUUUUCUGCGACAAAGCUAAAAGGAGGGGAAACUUUUUACAGGGAUUAUCAUAAUAUAGUAUAUAAUCUAUUUUUGUAUUGACAAACGAAUCCUAUGUAAAUAUGUAUGAUAACUGUAUAUUGUAAAAAAAAAAAAAAAGAAGAAAGAUCUUUUGCACAAAAUGAAUUUUACACUUAUAAAGAAACAAGUUUUUGAUAUUAUCACUCUUAGAGAUGUUCAGUCUUUCACCUUAAUAAUAGAACAAUUUUUAUAGUAUAUAGGGACGACGUGUUGCGUUUGAUUAAUCUUUUCAGGCGUAUAUUGGAUAAAGUCGUAUAGAGAAUAAAAGCUAGAAGGUAAGAUGUUUCAUUGCUUUUAUUUAUUUGUACAGUGGCGGGAGUUUCUUUUAGGAAAGAAACCUUAUUCCAUCACCUGUAUCUGUACUUUAUCAUUAUUGCAUUUUUGUAAGUUAUAUAUAUAUAUAUCAAUUUUUUUCUUUUUCGUCGUAACGCGCAGUAUUACUUUAUACGCAACAUAGUAACAUAGUAAAUAUUACUUUUGCAUUCAAUAAAUUUCUCUGUGAGAACCGUUUGUCAGUUUUUUGAUACAUCAAAAGAAAUAUACGUUUUUAUUAUUGAAGAUAAUAAUUCAAUUGCACAAACAAAUGGAAUUAUGAUUGGAAUGUUUGAAAACGGGUGUGCGUUCUAAUAGCGGAAGGCGAAGAUGCAAGAUUGGUUGUUCUUUUCGACAACCAAUAAUGACACGGCUACAAGAGAACGAUACUGUUCUCAUUUCGGUAGUAUGACUUCGGUAGAUGCCAGGUGUGGUACAUUCAGGUGUAUUCGACGUACGUAUGUCUGAUCGAGUAUGACUCGUCAGUCCCAUAAACAAACUGUCGACUUUUAUCGGGAUGUGUAUUAAUUUAGUCACCUGUACGUCCGACCACCCAUAUUUAAUUUUCACGCGUAAAAAGACGUCAAUGCGUCCGGCCGUUAUUGGUCCUGGAUAAUUUUGGAAUGUGGAUACUGUUCGUUCACAGUGAAUCAGAAACGGAAACAAAGUGCGGUAGUUUCAAAGACCGUCCCGCUCCGGGGGUAGGAUCGUUUUAUUAAUUCCAGGAGGUCUAAUCUUAUCUCGUAGAAUUUCAGCCAUUGCACACUCUGCCGACGAUAUAUGAUUCAAUUUAAUGAUGAGAGACGCGAUUCAGAUUUACUUGAAUUGAUACAUUUCAUUUUUGCAACAACUUCAACAGGAGGCAAGUAUUUUUUAUAAAACUUGAACAAGAAUGCCAGCUCCACCUCCGCCUCCGCCUCCUGUCUUCAAUGCAUCUGGUCCUGGCGUAGCCGAUCAGGACAGGAAUCUGCUUC